UUUCGUAAUCGUUUUAUCUUGCAGUAACUAUCGGAACUUCAGAGAAUGAAUAAGUCGUGAAGUUAGUUUGCGAUUGUCACAAUUUUGAAGGUUACAAUCUUUCUAUAAUAUAUUUCCUAGUCUCUCCAAUUAAUAACAUUUACAUCAGAUUUACAAAAAAAAAUGGUUUGGUGCGAAGAAAGCUUCUUAAAUAGUUAUCCAUAUUUAAUUAUUCAUAAAAAAUGGCAACAUUGUAAAAACUUGUUUGGUUAAAUACUGUUUUUUUAUUAUCAAAUAGCCAUGCAAUCGUUCUACAAGUGUUUGAAGAUAAGCAGAUGGAACUUCUGGGAAUUCGUUUUGCUCCUCUACAUGUUCCUUUAGAAAGGAGGCUUCAGACGUUGUCAGCAGCAAUAUGGUUUAUAAUAAUGGCAUUUGGUGGCUUAAUAGGACUUCUACUAGCAAUUUAUUUGGUUCUAUUCACUAAAUUUUGGUGGUUAACACUAUUAUAUCUAACCUACAUUUGGACGAUAGAUAAGGAUGUGAGUGAACGAGGUGGUAGACCGUCAAAAUGGGUAAGGUCUUUUUUGAUAUGGAAGUACACCAUGAAUUAUUUUCCGUUAAAAUUGGAAAAAACGUCAUCAGAGGAAUUGGAUCCAAAAAAAAAUUAUUUGUUUUGUUGCUUUCCUCACGGAAUGCUUUGUACGGGGUCCUUUAACUUUGGAAACGAGUAUAGUAAGUUUAGAAAUCUGUUCCCGAAUCACGAGCCUAGAGUAGUAACAUUGACUCAACACUACCAAAUGCCUUUCUUCAGGGAAUUCGCUUUAUCCUUAGGAGGAAUAUCAGCUUCUUUUGAAUCUAUACAUAAUGUUUUAAGUAGGCCGGAAGGAGGUUAUAUUUGUGUUCUUAUGGUAGGAGGAGCCGCAGAGGCUUAUUUAUGCAAGCCUGGUAGCUAUAGAGUGUUAGUUAAAAAACGAAAAGGCUUUAUCAAAUUAGCUUUAAAAAAUGGUACUCCAUUGGUUCCAGUUUUAUCGUUUGGCGAAACUGAUUUGUUUGAUCAAUUAGAAGGGUCGUGGUUAAGAAUCAUUCAAGAAAGAAUACGAAAGUAUAUCGGAGUGGCACCUAUAUUACCUAUAGGAAGGGGAUUUUUCCAAUACUCGUUUGGAAUUAUACCCAGAAGGCAUCCAGUAACUACUGUUGUUGGUCAACCUUUAGAAGUACCUAAAAUUGAUAAUCCAACGACUGAACAGAUAGAAGAGUACCAUGAAAAAUUCCUUAAACACCUGACUGCAAUGUUCGAAGAACAAAAAUAUAAAUACUUGGAAAAUCCACAAGAAAAACAACUUAUUGCAGAGUGAAAAGUAAAACUUCAAAGUAAACGUCGAAUACCAUCUUACAAGUGACGAAACUUGUAUCCAAAAAAUUUUUGGUUUGGAUAUAUUAAAUUAUUAUUAAAUUAUUUUUUUGUUGUAUUAAACCAGAAUAUGUGCAACUGUGGAAAAUUGAUUAUUAAUAAUGAUUUUGUCAUAGAAUUCCUUUUAAGCUCAAAUUCUUUAGCUCCCUCUUUUUGCAUUUUCACUUUUAUAGGUAUUUACAAAUGUAAAUAUCAACUUUUUUUCUAAUUUUUAGGAUUUUGGUUGGAUAUUUAUUUUCCACAGUAACAUAUAUACAAUAUACUGUUAAAGAAUGUGAUAUUGUAUAAUUCUUUAUAAAAAAUUAUACAGUUGUUUCUAAA